ACGAGCUGUCAAAGGAGUUGUCAGUUUGCCACCAUGGCGGCCGCAAUGCUGUCAAACAAGAAUUUGAGCAAAUUAAUUCGACAUCACAUUAAAUUCGCCAAAUCUUUACACAGUAAGACAUUAAUUAUAGUAAACAAGCCACCGUUAAACGUAACAUGUCAACAAUGUGCAGCUGCAAGUCAUUACAGGCAUUAUUCUUCGUCAAGCCCAAGUCCUCCUGGUGGGCCGGACACGGCGAAAAAUGUGUUGGCAGCAGUGUUGGCAAACAAACCUAAAACGGGAAAAAUACCUGUUGGUAUCCAAAAAAGAGACUGCUUUCACCCAGGUGCCUCUGUUUUGUCUCGUGAAGAUAUAAACCUGGGGGAUGCGAAGCCGGUCUCCGGAGUGGAUAUGAUCCGCGGGAUGCUGGAAUAUGUAUGGCCUAAGGACAACAAUAUGAUCAGAAACCGCGUGAUGGUCUCCCUGUCCCUGCUGUUUGGGGCCAAGGUGGUGAACGUGUCGGUCCCGUUCCUGUUCAAGUACGCCAUCGACGAGGUGAACGCGGCGGCGGCCACCCCGGCCGGGGACGCGCUGCUCGGCGUCGCCACCGUGCCGCAGGCCGUCGGGACCACGGCCUUCGCGCUCCUGGUUGGAUAUGGUAUAGCCCGUGCGACAGCUGCGGGUUUCAACGAGUUGAGGAACGCAGUGUUCGCGAAGGUGGCGCAGCACUCCAUCCGGAGGCUGGCCUGCAACGUCUUCAUACACCUGCAUAACCUGGACCUUAGCUUCCAUCUCGGCAGACAGACUGGAGCUCUGUCCAAAACAAUAGACCGUGGUUCCCGCGCCAUCAACUUCGUGCUGUCGGCGAUGGUGUUCAACAUAGUGCCCACUAUCUUCGAGCUCAUCCUCGUCUCCACCAUACUCGGCAUCAAGGGAGGACUGGCUUUUACUGGCCUGGCGUGGGGCUGCGUGGGCGUGUACGCGGCGUUCACGCUGGCCAUCACGCAGUGGCGGACCAAGUUCCGCGUCUACAUGAACAAGGCCGAGAACGAGGCGGGGAACAAGGCCAUCGACUCGCUCAUCAACUAUGAAACUGUUAAGUACUUCAACAACGAGAAGUACGAGCUGCAGAAGUACGACGUGAGCCUGAAGAAGUACGAGGACGCGUCCCUGAAGACCGCGUCCAGCCUCGCAGUCCUCAACUUCGGACAGCACGCCAUCUUCAGCGCCGGACUCAGUAUGAUCAUGAUCAUGGCCGCCAACCAGAUUGCUGAAGGUAACAUGACGGUGGGCGACCUGGUGAUGGUGAACGGUCUGCUGUUCCAGCUGUCCAUCCCGCUGGGCUUCCUCGGCUCCGUCUACCGCGAGGUCCGCCAGGCACUCAUCGACAUGCAGACCAUGUUCACACUCAUGACUGUACAGUCUAGGAUUAAGGAAAAAGAGAAAGCGCCGGCUCUAAAAUGCGACGCGAAGACAGCGACGAUAGAGUUCCAAGACGUGAGCUUCAAGUACAUCAACGGCAAGCCUAUAUUCAACAACCUCACGUUCUCCAUACCCGCCGGGAAGAAGAUCGGCAUCGUCGGUGGAUCUGGCAGCGGUAAGUCAACGAUGGUGCGCCUACUGUUCCGUUUCUUCGAGCCCCAGUCGGGCACCAUCAAGGUGGCCGGACAGAACAUUAAGGACCUCGACCUCACCAGCUUGAGGAGAGCUAUCGCAGUUGUACCACAGGACUGCGUACUAUUCCACGACACGAUAUUCCACAACCUGCACUACGGCGACCUCAGCAAGUCGCACGAGGAAGUCUACAAGGCCAGCAAGAUGGCGGAGCUGCACGAGUCCGUCAUCACGUGGCCUAAGGGUUACGAGACACAAGUAGGAGAGCGUGGUCUGAAGUUAUCUGGCGGAGAGAAACAGAGAGUGGCCAUCGCACGCGCCAUACUCAAGGACUCACCCAUCAUCAUCUUCGACGAGGCCACCUCCAGUUUGGACUCUAUUACAGAACACGCUAUCCUACAAGCGUUGAAGGCAGCGACAGUGGGUCGGACGUCAAUCUGCAUAGCGCACAGACUGUCGACGGUCGCGGACGCGGACGAGAUCCUGGUCCUGGAGAACGGGAACGUGACGGAGCGCGGCACGCACGCGCAGUUGGUGGGCAACCCGCGCAGCCUGUACGCGCGCCUGUGGGAGCGCCAGAAGGAGUCGCCGCGCCCCGCCGUCCCCGCCGCCGCACCCACGCCCCCCGCCGCCGCCGCCGCCGCCUCCACGCCCCACGGCCUACCCAAGUGAAACGCACCCUACUCCACUCCCUAGACAAUUUCUAUCGAAGACCUUUACUUCCGUGAUUACUUACUUUGUAAGUGAGGAUCACGCUGUUAGAUAGUUCAAUCACUGACUAUAAAAACGUGUCUCGAUUACCUGCUACUACGAACUGUGAAGUGCUGGCUUGUUUCCUUUCAAAUAAAUGCCAAAAAUCUAAGUCUAAAAAGAAUUGGGUCUGAAAUAAAAUUGAUUUCGUUUAAUGAUGACGACUGGGAUCAGUGCUAUGUUUAUACCAAAUUUAUUUUAAGCGCGCCGUCUAAAAGACAACUAUGAUUUUGUAAACGAAUAGCUAUAUAUGGGAUAUAUUUGCAUAACAUGAAGAAAUUCUAUAAUUUUUGCUUGUGAAAACUCAGUUUUUGUUCAGCAAAUGUUUAUUGUGUAGCCAGACUUUAACUGGAUUUUGAAUUUUAGUCUUGUAACCAUCUUACUGUGGCUUACGACACACUGCGUCGAUGUGUGAUGUUCUUGUGAUGUUAUUUAUUGUGUAUGUCCAACGACCGUGUGUUCUAAGACCACUAUAUUCGUAAAUUUCGAAGACGACCGUCGCAGAUUCGUCCAAAAGUGGCCUUAAAAUUGUCUGCCUAUUAUCACAAGGCAGAGUUAAAACUAUGUCCAUCAGCGAAUUAAACACCUAUUUCAUGGUUUUAACUCAUGUUAUUUUUUAUUUAUAUUUUUAUUUUUGUCAAACAAUAUUUAAUAGUAAGUAGCAUUUAUUUUUUCUUAAAUAAGGAGUUAAAAGUACAAUGCUUAUAAAUCUUUAUUGAUUUGACAUGUUUAAACUUGUUUUAUAUUUAUUUAUUUUAUUGUAUGAGGCCAUUUUUGUGACGUUAUGUCUCAGUCCCGGACUUAGCAAACUGACACGAGACAAAAAUAAACAAAUGUUGAGAAUUGUGAAGUGUUUAUGUAUAUAAAAAGUUGAUACGAUGUACAGUAAGUGACUUGUUGAUUAAGUAUAUUAUUUUGGUUACA